AUGACGGCGACACGAGCCAUCUCCAUGUCGGGCAACUCGCUCGUCUGCAACGCGGACUCGCUCAGGGUGAAGAGCGGCACGUCCGAGAGGACCGCAUCCAGAGUGCACUCCUUUAACGCGGCGUCAAUGCAAGACGUGCAGACGUCGACGGGCCGCAAGAACGAGCAGCUGACGGCGCAGUGGGUGACGGCCUCGCUGUCGGAGCUGCGCUCGGAGCUGAUGGAGCUGGCGCGCGCGCACAACGAGAGCGCCGAGCGCGCGCAGCGCAACGACCUGCGCGCCCAGGUGCGCCUCGCGCGCGCCGACGCCGCCUCGACGCGCCGCGAGCUGGAGCGGCUGCGCGCCGACCACAGCCGCGCCGUCGCCGACCUGCAGCAGGCGCGCCAGGACGUGUCGUCGCUGCGCUCCGCGCACCAGCUCUCCGCCAAGAAGUGCGCCGAGACCAGGCAGCAGGUGCUCGGGUUGCAGAGCGAGUGGCAGGUCGCCAAGAGGUCCUUGAAGAAAAGCCCCGAGACGUGA